AUGUAAAAAAUUCAAUUCAAUUGUACUAUUUGUUUGAAUCAUUUAAGUGAUCCAACCUGUUUGUCUUGCGGACAUACUUUUUGUGAAAAAUGUAUCAAUCAUCAUUUGAAAUUAAAUCAUACUUGCCCUUUAUGUAGAAAACCUACAUUACCUGAAUGGUCAGUCAAUGAAAUGUUAAAAGAAGUACUGUUGAUACUCUUUGAACAAGGACCUGAAAGUAACUUUUAUAUAUCUAUCCAAAAAUUUAGUUCUCCAAACAGAAUUUCCAUAAAUAGUUUUAUGUUUAGAUUGUGGCCUUACUCCUAUUAAUCCUGUUGUAUUACCCUGUUAACAUCUCUUUUGUCUUUAAUGUUUUCAAAAUGACUUGAUCUAACAAUACUGUCCUGUUUGUCUUUAAUAAUGUAUGAUAACAGAACCGAACAUUAAUCUUCUUUUUAAUCAAUUUUUACAAUGGUAUUGUGAAACAGAUGAGAAAUAUAUUUUCUAAGAUUAAAAAAUACAUUCCAUGCCUAUAUUUCUAUUUGAUAAGCAAAUUUGCUAUAAAAGAAAUUUCUGUUUAAGAAUAGUCGAAGAUAGAUAUAAAUAGCUUAUAAAAUUGGCAUCACAUGGAUCAGGUAAAUUCCCUGUAGUUCCUUUUACUGACAAGUUACCUGUUUAUGCAGACAUGGUAGAAAUUGUUAGUAUAACAGAUCAAAUAUAAAUUAUUGGUUGCGAUAGAUUAAUAAUAGAUGAAAUUUAUUGUUUUAUAAAUAAUCAAAAAAUACCAUUCACUCCAAAUACUUUUAAAGCUUUAACAAAUCAAUUAUGGUUAUGCAAUUAUACUGUUAUCAAAGAUAAUCAAGAUAAAUCAUCUGUCUAGAACAAAAUUAAAUAAUUUAUUCAAUAUACUUUUACAGAAUUGACAGAAGAAAUGAAAUCUUUAUUUGAAAAACCAUAUCAUUUAAUGAAUAUAUUUGGAAAUAAAUUUCAUCAAGUUAAUUCAAGUCUUAUUAUGAUCUAAUUAUUGAAGAUUAAUAAUUAGGAAUUCUAAAAAUUAUAUUAUUCUAAUGAUUAAUAAUUAAGAAAUUUAUUCAUCUGGAAUUUCAUUAAUCAAAUUUAAUAAAAAAUUAUAUAAAUUAUUGGUAAACAAAAUCAAAAUACUAAAAUUAAACAUUAAAUCAUAGAUUAGGAAAUACAAUUACCUAAUUUGCAAUUUCAUAACAUUUAUGAACAAAAUGAUGAAGAUCUUAAUGAAGAUUUUAAUGGAUCAUUCUCAAAUAUGACAAUUACUCAAUAAAUAAUUCUCAACCUUUUUCAUCUUCACAAAGUACCAAUUUUUUAAUGA